UUGCUUUACUUUGGGUGACAUUAUCAUACAGUGAAGGAUUAUCUUAUAAUGGUUCUGUUUGUGGUCAUUUCCUUUGUUCUGCUGUUCCUCCUUUUCUGUACCCUAUUGGAUGACCUAUAUCUCAUCAAAUUCAAAAGACUACCCCCUGGGCCACUCUCCCUGCCUAUUAUAGGGGGAUUGCACUUGCUGGGUCGAGAACCUUACAAGAGUGUCCAAAAUAUGGCUGCCAAGUAUGGUGGCAUCUUAAGCUUACGUCUUGGGAUGCAAGAAAGAUUUGUUUACGUGGUGGAUCCUGAACUUGCAAAACAGUUGCUUAGCUCGGAGUAUUUGGCAGACAGACCACGAUUACCAUUCUUUGAUGUAUUAUCUAAGGAAGGCCAUGGUAUCGGUUCUCGACCCUAUGAUUUCACAUGGAAGCUCCACACCAGAAUAAUCUACAGUAGCAUCAGUAAACUGAUACAAACUCAGCUGGACAAUAUUUUACAGAAUUCUGAGGAACACUUAUUCAAAAUACUUGAAGGUAAAAAGGGUGAGCCUAUUUUACCAGAGACAGAAAUUCGUACAGCUGUUUUGAUGACCAUGGGCAGGUUUAUUUUUGGACACGAAUAUGCCUCAGCGGAUGACCCUAAACUGCAGCUCAUUCUUUGGUUAAAUGAGGAGACAAUGAAGGGUCUCCAACCCGUGAACCUCAUCAAUCUAAUCCCUGGUUUACAGUAUAUCAGUCUGCCAUUUUAUCCAAAUUACAGGAACUUAAAAAAGGCUAAAGAAAGAUUUCUAAAUGAUGAAUUUGAAAGCCACAAAAGAAAUUUCGAUGGCCAUGCACUAGACAUUAUGGAUAUGAUAAUAAAGGAAUUGGAGGAAGAUGAACAUGACAGUAUGAAAUUCCGACAAAAACAAAGGAAAGAAUUCCUUCUACCCCAAAAUUUUCUGAUGUCCAUAUUUACAUUGAUUGUUGGAGGGGAACAAACUCUGUCAUCCAACUUACUAUGGUUACUGCUGUACACAGCAAAGCAUCAGGACUGCCAAGAGAAAAUACUGAGAGAGCUGCGAAAUAAUGACAUAGUACCAACCGACUUCGUACAAUUUCACAACAAACAAAAAUUCCCAUAUACAACUGCCUUUUACAAGGAGACCAUGCGAUUUGUCAGCACAUCUUAUUUUGGAAUUCCCAGAACCGCCUCUGCCGAUAUCCAUGUUAAUGGAUUCACCAUCCCUAAAGGUACGACAGUUUUUCCAAACUUUUGGAGCAUAAAUCACAAUGAAAAAUAUUGGUCCCAGCCACAUGAAUUUCAACCAGAACGAUUUCUUGAGCUUAAAAAUCUACAUUCACCAAACAUUCCAGGCUUUAUCAUCUAUGGAUAUGGCCGUCGGCCUUGCAUUGGAAGUCAAAUAGCCAGGGCUUGUUUGUUUUCAUUUCUCUGCAAUACUGUAAAUAAAUUCCAUGUUUCCCUUCCGCCUGAUGAGGAACCUGACAUGAGAGGCCAUACCCAAUUGGUUAUCGAGCCCCCAAAAUUCAAGCUGAUCUUCCAAAAACGCAGUUAACUUUUUAGCUGUACAGUUGAACUUUGGUAUCUUGAACAAUGAUAUCUCAAAUACCAUGGAUAUGUGGAACUGAUUUGGAAAUCCAAGCCACUUAGUCUUUAAAUAUUUUACCCUCGAUAUCUCGAAUCAUCAGAUAUCUCGAAGUUUUUUCUCUGUCCCAUCAAGUUUGAGAUGACGAGGUUUGACUGUAUUUCAAUCUUACAGAGACAUCAACAACAAUGAAUAAGAAUUAUUUACCAUGAAAUGAUACACGUAUCCUGCUUUAUCAUAUGACAUUUGGUGUAAAUGAGAAUAAGA